UGGGUAUAAUAGGAGGCAACGCGCGGUGAAGGGAUUUCGCAGAGGCAGGAGGGAGGUGAGCGGUGGGAAGAGAGGAAGGAGCUGCCCAUCCCUGGCCACGCUGCUCACCGGCACCGACGGGCCACCGGCGACCUGCCCGGGGAGGGGCACAAUGAACAUCGAAGUGCACAACAUCACUUACACCAGCGCCACCAUCUCCUGGGCCAUGAACAACCCCUGUCCAGAGAACUACUACCAUGUCAUGUACCGUCCCAACUGGAACAGUGUCUUCGCUGGCUAUUUACGCCAAAAUUUCCACCGUGAGGAGCGAGUUCCUCACCCCCUCAGCUCCCUCGUCCUCCACCGACUCACACCAUCCACCAUCUACGUCCUCUGCAUCACGUGCAAGAACUCUUACCCCUCCAGCAACCAUUGCACCACCUUCCACACUCUGGACAAAAGCCCUCUGGUUUUCGGCGGCUCUAAGCAUGAGCCUACCACCUCCAUGUGGAUGGUGAGCAGCCUGUUGCUCCUCUGCUUCGUUGCCCUCCUGGCUUAUGGCUGCCUGCAGUUCUGGUCUGCACAGUGCCACCGGGCUGCGAGGCUGAAGCACCCUGAUGCCAGCCCCGAAGAAGUAGGAGAAGAGAGCAGCUCACCAGAAGGGCCCCUGAAUGAUGGGCUGAGAGAGGAGCUUCUGGAGGUCCCCAUGACCACUGUGCUAAUGAGGAGCUCCAGUUUCAUGCGGGAGAGUCCGUACAGCUCCCCUCACUGCUUUUUUUCCUAUAAAACCAGCGACGAUAAAAGGGCCAUCUUGCCACAGCAUGGCCUUCAAUGAGAGCAAAACAAAGGCAGACCCUGCUUAGAGGUUUGGUUCGUGCUGUCCUUUCCCAGCUCUUGCCAACAGGACUGUCUGUGUGUCCAUGGGGGCUGUUUGUCCCAGGGUAGACCAUGAGGUGGAGACACUGGUCGCAGGGAGAAAGAUUUUUGUCGAGUGACAAAAAUAUUCUCAGUUGCUGGGUUUUUUUCAAAAAGAACCCAAGCCAGCUCUCUGGGAACGGCCAGGGUUGGCUGACUGUAGUGUCAUUAGCUAAUCUGCAUCUGCUAAUCUGCUGUAGGUUCACUUUGGAGUCAUAAAUCAACAUGCACAAGAAAUAAACUCCACUCAAGCAGUUUCACACUUGAGCAUCACAUCCCAAGUCCUCUAACGCCUGUACAAACAGCCAUCGCAGCUGAUGAGAGAUUUUUGUCAGUAUUAAGUAGUCUAUGUUUGCACACACAAGUAUUUUAGUAGUACCCAUUUUGAACUACAAAUGGGAUUCUUGAAUUGGCACCUUCCUUAGGAAGGAACUCCAACUCGUUCUCUCUGCGUCUUUAGAUGGAUGUGACUUGGUCUUGGUACCAACCCCAAGCACAGAGCAGUGUCAGCAUCUCCUGACAUAGGCAUGUGAUGGAGAAGAAUAUGGGAAAGCAAUAGCACAAGCACACUGAAUCUGCUUCUUGCAUGGCUUUUUGGUUUUACAUGGCAACGCGACCCUGCACAUUUGCACCCGCCAUUCUGUUAAUGAACUAGUUCUUACAUUUCUUUCUUCCUAAAUAAAUACUUCCAACAUCCA